AAUCCAUUGUAAUUUUUGCAUUUUAUUGUUAGCGGUGAACAAAUGUAAUAGGUGGAAAGUAUUGAUUUCUCGGUUAAUUAUUAUUUGUUAAAGCUCAAACAACGCUACAUAAAAAUAUAUUGCUCUGCUCUGCAGUACAAAAGUGAAGUGAAAUCUAAAAAACUGAGGUGGAUGUUUCAUUAAAAUAUUAUUCUAUCAUAAAAAACGAUAUUUCUUUUGUGCCAUUAGAUUGAUGUGUUGAUAAACAGUGAGUGGAUUGUGGAAUUCGUAUAAUUUAUUCUAUUUUAAUCACAAAGUAAUUAAUUUGUAGUAGAUAUAUUGUGAAAGCUGUGCUCAAGAUGUGUGGGGGAUUUACUUGCUCCAAAAAUGCUUUAAUCACCCUCAACGUCCUGUAUGUGGUGGUAGCAUCGAUCUUGAUAUCCGUGGCGGUGUAUGCCCAAGCGUCUUCCGUGGUGACGAACCUGCCCAUAGUGGGUGGUAUACUGGCAUGCGGGAUAUUCCUCAUCCUCAUCUCCCUAUUGGGGCUGGCCGGAGCGGUCAAACACCAUCAAGUUAUGCUGUUCUUUUACAUGGUGAUCUUGUUCCUGCUUUUCCUAGUGCAGUUCUCCGUGGCUUGCGCAUGUCUGGCCGUCAACUCUAGUCAACAGGAGAUGAUUGCUCAGCAGGGCUGGAACAAAGUGAACCUGGACAUGAGGGAGCAGGUGCAGGAGAAGUUCGGGUGCUGCAGUUUCCGCGGCCGCGAUACCGCCAACGUCACCGUCGAUUACCCCGCCUGUGACGUCGUCGACCGUAUGUGCUGCGACGAGGGCGACGUGACGGUGGCGUGCCAGUGUCCGCCGUGCCUGUACAAGCUCAAGCAGACCAUAGACUACGCUUUCAAGCUGUGCGGCGGCAUCGGACUGUUCUUCAGUUUCACCGAGGUGUUCGCGGUGUGGCUGGCGCGGCGCUACCGAAACCAGCCCGACCCCAGCUACAAGCAGCCGCACGCCAUCUUCCCCAGGCAGGACUUCAUCUACUAGCGACCGCACACCUGGUUACGCAACCACUUACAUAAUAACCCCUCCUGAAUAAUUGACAAAUACUUCUAUGCUUCUAUGCAAUACUUAUGUUUUAUGGCUCAGUUUGGAGAGCAUUUUUAAACUGAAAAUAUUUAUCGGAAAAUACAAUAUAAUGUAAUAAAACGCUCCAAAUUAAGUUUCGAAACUCGUCGCUGCUCCGAUGUUUGUUGGGGUGGAGCGUGCUGACACUGCUGACAGAAGUUAUCGCGAGAAAGUUGUGACAGCCAUGCACUGCCUUUCUGUCACAACGGUGACUAUGACACUGUCACAGCCACAGAAUAAAUCAAGAUAGAACGGCGACGCGCGUGCGUUGCUAAGGAAU